AUACCAUCACUAAACGUCAAAAUAGUGUGGUGUGGUUGAUUUGCACGUUUUUACGUUGUGCACAGUAGUUUUACAUUUAUUUUUGCGAAAAUUGAAUUAAAAAUCUAACUGCGUAGUACUAACUUCAAGUAAAUUUAUAAAUUGUACCAACAUGCCUGAUAUGAAGUAUAUCUUGGUCACCGGUGGUGUUAUAAGUGGUGUUGGCAAGGGUGUUAUAGCCAGUUCAUUUGGUACGAUUUUAAAAAGCUGUGGCAUCGAUGUUACAUCCAUAAAAAUUGACCCGUACAUCAAUAUAGAUGCGGGAACUUUCUCUCCUUACGAGCACGGUGAAGUGUACGUUCUUGAUGACGGCGGCGAGGUGGACCUCGACCUUGGCAACUACGAGCGCUUCCUGGACAUCACGCUGCACCGCGACAACAACAUCACCACCGGCAAAAUCUACCAGCAGGUGAUAGAGCGAGAGCGCCGUGGCGACUAUCUGGGGAAAACUGUGCAAGUGGUUCCACACAUCACUGACGCAAUCCAAGAAUGGGUGCAGCGAGUUUCACACAUCCCUGUCACAUCAGACAAUGCUCCUCCAAGAGUGUGUAUUGUGGAGCUUGGAGGCACCAUUGGAGACAUAGAGGGGAUGCCCUUUGUGGAGGCAUUCAGACAGUUCCAGUUUCGUGUGAAGAGGGAGAACUUCUGCUGUGCUCAUGUAUCACUCGUGCCACAACCAAAAGCCACAGGUGAAGCAAAGACAAAGCCGACACAGUCUUCAGUGAGAGAGCUGAGAGGCCUCGGCUUGUCUCCCGACCUGAUCCUGUGCCGCUCGGAGAAGCCCAUCAACCACACCGUGAAGGAGAAGAUCUCCAACUUCUGCCAUGUCGCACCUGAUCAAGUGAUCUGCAUCCACGACCUGAGCUCAGUCUACCACGUGCCGCUGCUGAUGGAGUCGCAGGGGGUGGUGCAGUACCUCAACGAGAGGCUCCAGUUGAACGUAUCGCUGCCUCGACCCAGCAGGUUCAUGCAAAAAUGGCGCAACCUGGCGAAACGCGUGGAAAACCUCCGCAAAGAAGUGAACAUCGCUCUCGUAGGAAAAUACACAAAACUAGAAGACAGCUACGCGAGUGUGACCAAGGCUUUACAACACGCCUGCAUAGCUGCUUGUUGUAAACUGAACCUUACAUACAUAGAGGCUGUUAAUUUGGAGAGACAGAUGAAGAUUGAUGACCCAGUCAACUACCAUAAGGCGUGGCAGGAUCUCUGUAAAAGCGACGGAGUAAUAGUCCCAGGCGGGUUCGGUCAAAGAGGCAUGGAGGGAAAGAUCCUGGCCUGCCAAUGGUGCAGAGAAACACAGAAACCAAUGCUGGGCAUAUGUCUGGGCUUACAAGCCGCUGUUGUCGAAUUCGCAAGGAAUGUUCUAGAUUUAAAGGGAGCCCAUACUACAGAGGUUGACCCUAACUGUGAUGAUAAAUUGGUGAUAGACAUGCCGGAACAUCAUCCGGGUAAACUGGGGGGCACGAUGCGUCUCGGCAAGAGGAAGACGCUAAUGGAAGCUAGUAUUAUAACGCAACUGUACAAGAAGGACGUGAUCGAGGAGCGGCACCGGCACCGCUACGAGGUCAACCCCGACUACGUGCAGCGGCUCGAGGCCGCCGGACUGCGCUUCGUCGGUAAAGACGAGACGGGCACCCGCAUGGAAGUGGCGACUGUCGAGUCGCACCCGUACUACGUGGCCGUGCAGUUCCACCCCGAGUACCUGUCGCGCCCGCUGUCGCCCAGCCCGCCGUUCUUGGGAUUAAUAUUAGCUUCUCUGGGUAAACUGAAGAGCUACCUGUCCAAAGGCUGCAGACUCAGCCCCAGAAACCAAUCCGAUGUCAGCUCAGAUGAAGAAGAUCUAUCAGUAUCGGAACUGAGUCUCGCGGACGACAAAACUGUCAUAGAGAACGGCCACGCGAAGAAACAAGUAAACGGGACCGCAACCACACAGUAACAGCCAUUGUUAUAGAAUUAAGUAUACUUACUCAAAUCUAAGUGUUCCCUAGGUUUUUUGUUUGAUCCUCAAAAAAGUACAUGGACAUGUAAAACGCGCGGUACAGCCAGCUUCAUAAGUGGUUAUACACUUUUAAAGACACCCUGUCAAACUAACAAACUGACUAUUCAUCCAAUCAAACAUUGACGGUUUGUUAGUUUGACAAGGUAUAACUUCUUAUGAAGCUGUAGGUAUGUCCUCUCCAGUGUAAGAGUACAGUGUUUCCCUUUAUUAUCUCAUUAGAUUAAUGUUUUGACUCCUUUGUUCUGUAAGGAAGCUUCUAUAUUAAGAUUCUCGAAUAUUAAUGUACACUUGCGUACAUUAGUAAUUUGCCAUCCAUCACAAUUUAUUGUUUUAGUGAGUUUUUAAUUUCCAAUAACUGUGAACAGGUCUGUGUUGUUUUUGUAUUCUUAUUUUUUAUUGCAUCAUGA